UGCUCGUCUCGUCGGCGCAUCGGCAUCGGCGUGCUCCCGUGAGGCGGAUUGUAACUUUAGCACUAAGUUAGUACACCUGUUCACUAAAAGUGAACAGCGGAGAUGGUAGACGGUGUAGACGUGGUCUAGACUCCUUACUUUGACGUUAUAUCGCCGUGCGCAAGUAGGAAAAAGCGAGAUGAUGAGUGUUGCCCUCUUCCGUCCAGCGUUGCUCUCCGCGCCUAGGGUCUGGUCAGUAGCUCGAACAGCAGCAGCUAGCAGCAGCAGCAGUAACAGCAGCAGCACCAGCAGCGAUACUACAAGCAGCAGUCAGUCCCAGGCACAAGUGCGUUUCAUCAAUGGCUAUGAACGGACGGCCGCGGCAAUCUUCAAGGAGGUGCGUGAGACGAGGCAAAAGGCAGCCACAGGAGACUGGGAAGUGCCCAAGCUAUUCCUGGUGGAACGGGUAAUGCCCUACACUGGCACACCACACUGGGAGCGAAACAUCCUCAAGCUGCUCAAACUGGCACAGUCCAAGGAAGACCGCAAGGCCCGUGUCUCUAGGCCGCUUGGCAGCCGAACCAUAGUGAAGAACACGCCGUUCAUGUGCAAGAUGCUGUGGCAAGUGAAGCACCUGGUGAAAGUUACUCCCAUCACAUUUCCGGAUGGUGAACCUACAGAGGUGACCACGGGCACCCACCUGAGUCGCGACGGUGUCUUCCGCAAGGUGGCGCCCCUGGAGGUGCAGGAACAACAGCUGCUCGAGCCAGCGACAUACACAAAGCGAAAGUUUGAAACCCAAGAAAUAAGGAAAGUGCUACAUAGGAAUUGGAACAACAAUUUGAGUUGAAUAGAGUGAGGUCAAGGGAUUAUAA